AUGAAGGCUGAUACCAGGCAAUCGUCACACCGGCACACGUCGCUGGGGAGCGACGACAUCGAUCCAAAGCUGCUGCAGCUGUCCAGGGAAUCAGUUCGGACCAGCUUGUUCGUGCUCAAAGCUUCCAUCUUCGCGACCAGCAGCGACUCCAUCAAAGAACGCGGUCGUGCGGGUGAUCGGGACCUCCGAGGAAAGUCCGGUGAUAGAGUCCGCUCCAUCAGAUCAGGCGAUAGGGGGCGAUGUCGCGAAAAGUCCAGCGACAGAUCCGGAGAUAGCGCCCGAAGUCGCGGAAGAUCGGGCGACAUCGGACACGAUUGUGCUAGAUCCGUCGACGACGUUCGCGACAAUGGAGGUGUUACGCUUCUGCAGUGGGACGACGUCAUCUUCGUCGCCCGCAUUUGUAACGUUCUAAAACCCAGCCCGCAUUAA